CAGGACGGCUCCCACCCGUUGCAACCACCGUGCGGGCCUCUCUUGUUCGUCGCCGUUCGCGCCGACAAAAUGCGUCUCGCAGGGUCCAUCGUCCAGUGGGUCGACGAUGGCGAAUUCAAUUUCAAGUUUACGUUGAAGAAGCAUUACAAAAGUGAUGGUUCUGUCGACGGCAUCGCAAAGGGAUGCAAGGUUGCCGGGAGGAUGUUCCGCAGGUACGGCCAUCGUGCGAUGUCUUUGCCUCACUUUCUCCCGCUAGCGCCGGGGCACGACGAGGCCGUUCACGUCACAGACUUCCUCGAGGUCUGGGCGAAAUUUGGUACCUCUGUCAAUGCCAUGGACGUCGGACCUGGAACAUCGAUCAGUGGUCCUGUUGGGUUCGCGGGAGGAGAGUGCUCUGAAAGGGAGAUGGGAGGUCAGGGUGGCCUGCCAGCUACGCCUCCUGGUCAAGAGGUGGGCAUGUCAGACGACUCGGAGGACGACCAUCUACGUGCUCCUUUGAAACCGGGCUUGCAUGUAUCUCGCCGCCACGGUUUGCUUGGGGAGUCAACGCCACAUGGAGGCGGCGAUGGCGAACGGUUGCAACAGGGCUCAGAAUCAACGACUCCUCGUGGUCUGGUCAAAAGGAUCGGUUCGUUCGUUCGUGGCAUGCAGGUGGCCGAGGUUUCGCCUGGAGAUCGAGCGGGUGGUCCGCAGGUUCGAGACGUACGUGGGUCAGAUGAGACGACUCGCCGGGCCCGACCAGCGCCGGGGGAACUACAGACGGAGUUGAGCCAGGAACGAGAAGCGAGUGGGAACGUCGCCGGUGAGGAGGAGGUGUCCGAGCAGGGGCUGUUCGGUGAGAGAUCAGCUGAAAAGACUUACUCACACCCGGAGAAAAACUGGUAUUAUCUUGUGUGUGGACAGCAUAACGUGAGGGCGGUGAUGAUGGUGAAAGACCAUCCCGUGUUUGAUUACUACAACUUCUGUAAAUGGGCGUUCAGACCGAUCUACUUCGAUGACGACGAGUUCGACGGCUAUGCCCAUGUCAGCUGCGAAGACAACAUGAAAGACAAGAAGAAUCCACCGCGCUUGCUGGUUUUGUCUAUAUGGGACAUUCACAAUAUCUGGAAAAUAAAGGGCAAACCGCGUGUGGUGCUCAGCAAUGCCUCGAAGAAACAGGACGAGGUGCGAAAGUGGAUGCGGUUCAUGGCGUUGGCAAUGAAAAAGACGCCGUACACGCCUAUCUGGAACCUGUCAACGGAAGCAAAGAAAAGAAAGGAAUGGGCUGAGAAACUUCGAUACUACCUCCCGCUGGCCAUGGCAGAUGACUCCGUCUUCGCUUUGGGGUUGAAGUUCUAUGAGGAGUGGUCGAAAGGGAAAAUCCUUGCUUCCGACGGCCGGCGUUGGACUGAAAAGCUGCCCACCCAUGAGGAGGUGGCCAAGCCAGGCCUCUCCACUGUGACUGACAGCCAGGGGCUGAAGAAACACGUCUGGUAUGUGAAGGUGGACGACCCGUCGUUGAAAAAGGGGAAGGGGAAGCCAAAGAAAGGCGCGGAGGAGAAAACUUUCUACAUCCAAGUUCCGGAGCCGGAUGUCCACUGCUGGAAGGAAUUGGUGGACUUGACGGACCGCGAAAAGGAAAGGCUGUUAAACGGCGUCUUGAACCUUAACGUCGUGUCCAAGAAGCAACUGUUCGAAGAGUUUAAGGACAGAGGUCUCAACGACAAGCUUUGGAACGAGAGCAAGAAAUUUUUCACGGACACCACAUACGUCAACAAGUGCCCUCAGUUUCUCGGGUGUCAACACGACAACAACAUCAAGAGAACGGCGGCCCUCGUCAACGACCAGCAUUUCCCGGCGGAGUGGAAGCGUGUCGUCCUUUCGGUGAUCACUGGAGAUCGCGCCAAAGGCAAAAAAAGCCCUCGGGGCGUUGAUGAAUGCAUCAACAUUAUGUGGACAAGGACAAGCGCCUUGACGACGCUGGCCCAGUUUAACGUCGACCCAUUGACUGCCAUAGAUCAUAAGCUCGCGCUGGGAAAACUAGGGCAUCAACUACGCUCCCACGCUUGCGUGCUCGACUUGUGCGGAACUGUUGACCGUGCGCAAUGGGACUCUGGGGCAUUCGCGUCUCUGAGUGAGUUGCUGGGCUUCGUUUGUCAGGACUACUGGACAUUGGUGGUAUUCGUCCCCUGCCUGUGGAACCUAUCCUUCAUGACAUGUUUGUCUGCGCUUGGGGCUACCCGAUGCUACACGGGAAAGUGGGUUCGGAAGACGGCAUCGAAGAAGACGCAUCAGUUCGGAAAUAGCGUCUGGGAGGAGCCGGAUGUGAUACACAUCCUUUUCAAAGGCGAGGAUCCUCGGCUACUGACUCACCCGAUGUACGAGGGAGCUGUUGCUGAAGACGACGCCGCCGCUCUCCGAAGGAAACAGAAAGUCACACUCACGGAUGUGGAGGAGAAGUUUUUCAAGUCUUUGACUUUCGCGGACAUCGGAAACCUGACCCAGAGGGGGGCUCUGUACAAGGACGGCGAGCGGAAUCCGAAUCAGUUGUGCAAUCAGCUUCUUUUCUUCUGUGGUGUGGCGGAUGCCGUGCUGUUCUUUGGCAAGCCGCACACGCAGGUGGUGUGGAGUCUGCUUCAGCAGGGAAGGCACGUCUUGGCCGUGGAUGGGGACACAACGGAGCUCGAAUACACCGUGCAGUAUGUCACCCAUGAAGUGUCGUCCAAGGCUUACCCAUGUGAUUUCCACCAUGUCGUGGUCGAGCCCGUUUAUGACCCGAACAAAGACAUGUUCUUCAAGUUGACUCCGAAGAAAAGACACCAGGUCUACUCCUUCCUUUACAGCGAACAACCAAGGUUGAGAUUUGACCCGCAGUACGUGGUGCGGAAGGAAGUCGUCAUUGAGGUCCUCCAGGGCUACCAUGGAGCGAGUCGGGCCGGCGCUGUGAGCUUCAUUAAGAGGCUGGAAUAUGUCAUUUUUAACGAGGAUGUUGUCGAUCCGGCCGACUUCACUUUGGAUAAGUACAAGCUGGCAUUCGGUGAGGAGGACGACUUCAAUAUCGAGACUGAGCAGGAGGAGAGCGUUGAGGACGACCUCUUCGAUUUGGACGGAGAAUUGACCAUCUUCAACGCCCAAAUUUCCGAGUCGCCAUCAGUAUGCAAACCGGGGACACCUCUCGCUACACCUACCUCGGGUGGUCCUACGCCCGUGUCCUCCCCAGCGCCUGUCAAGAGGGGUGGGUUGUCCCGUCUGAGGAGUUCGCUAGGGGAGCCUAUUCGUUUCACGCCGCAGCCCGAACGUCUUCGACCCGGCCAUCCAGUUCCUCCGGACCAUCCGCAUCUCAAGGCUCCUGCGACUCCCUUCCAUAUGGGCGACAAACACACCUUCUCCACAGCCGAAGAUUGGGGCCAUGAUAUCGUGUGGCACCCGGACCAUUUCCAGCCAGUCCUUCUCGACGGCGAAUGGGCAGUGGCUGUGAGGGACGUAAGUGGAGGGUGGAUAUAUGACGAUCGUUGGGACCUCGAGACAUUCAAAUCUCACGCCUACGAGGCGGUAUUGGAGAGAUUAAGUGAGGUCAAUCGACGAAAUAAGGACGACCCUGCUCUUCGCGAAUACGGGGACACGCUGUUCGAGUUCUUGCAGUCAAAUAAAUGGUUGGAAGUGUCCUCCGCAUUCUACGCCCUUCCGUCAAGCCCGUCAAUUAAGCAAGUGAGUUGGGAGUUGCCUGGGGUCACCCCGCCGGCAGGAGUUGUGAAGCGCAAGUCUCGCGGAAAGGACGGCGACCGGGAUGGUGAAGGCGGCGGGCAACGAGGUACCGGAGGUGGAAGUGAACAUCGUUCGACGGAACAGCGGUCUCCGAGGCACGCAGGCGGCGGAGAGGGGAAAAAGGGCAGCCGGGAGAAGAAGAAUCCUCGCAGCGAAGAGAAGACAAAGCAUCACAGAGGAGACGGGCAGGGGGCUGAUGGCGACCCCGACAAGGAAGGUGGGGUUCUGGCGGUAACAGGCAGCACCUCAAUGGAGACGGGGAACGACUUGAGGUCUGGGUGUAUAACGCGGCCUGGCGAGCAGGACCCUGUGAUUAGCUCCACCAGCGAAACACAGUUUGUCGAUGCGGUUGGCGGGGCGGGUGUCGCAAAGCAUGGAACAUGCUUCGCUCAGCUGCAAAAACGGUUGGCGGAUUGUCUCGGAUCAAUCCGAACCUCAGAGACGACCUCGUUGUCCGGAACUCAAUGCCUUCCGGGAAGCGAGACGACAACAUACCAUGGGUCCGACAACGACAAGCUGGAACCGUGUUCCGUUUCACCUCAGAAGGAAUUUCGGAUUAAUCCGAACCGCGAAGGCCGUGCCAUCGAGGGAGCACAGCUGUCUAAAGAACUCGAACGGGUGGUCCGAGUUUCCGAAAACCCUGGCGACGGAAUUCGGAUUCAUCCGAACCAAGAAGCCGUGUCUGCGAUGACAGACGAUCGGUGUCAGGAUGCAGUAAUGCUGUGCGUGGAAGCCCACAAGGAGCUGCAGGCGGACUGUCGGACUGAGGGUGAGUAGGCGACCAGUUCCAAUGUCGAGCCCAACAGAC